CAGUGUCCAAUCACAGCUAAUCACUGAUCAUCAGAGCACUUAUGAUCAGCCCCAGCAGUGCCACCUUUCAGUGUCCAUCAGUGCCAGCUGUCAGUUGCUCAUCAGUGCCACGUGCCAGUGCCACAUCAAUGCCACAUAUCAGUGCCUACCAGUGCACAUCAAUGCCACAUAUCAAUUUGCCCAUCUGAGCUGCCUUUCAGUGUAACCCAUCAUAACUAGUCAGUGCCACCUAUCAAUGCCAAUCAGUACCACCUACCUAAUCAUUGCUUGCCAAUCAGUGCCAUUUAUCAGUGCUAGUCAGUGUCACCUAUCAGUGCCAGUCAGUGCCGCCUAUCAUGCGCAUCAGUGCCACCUAUCAGUGCCCCUCAGUGCCGCCUAUCAGUGCCAGUCAAUGCCACCUAACAGUGCCAGCCAGUGCCGCCUAUCAGUGCCAGUCAGUGCUGCCUAUCAGUGCCGCCUAUCAUUGUCAUAUAUGAGUGCUGCCUUUCAGUGCCCAUCAGUGAUGCCUGUCAAUGCCCAUCAGUGCCACCUACCAGUGCCUCCUCAUCAGUGCCACCUAUCAGUGUCCAUCAGUGCAGCCUAUCAGUGCCCAUCACUGCAGCCUCAUUUGCGCACAUCAGUGAAGGAGAAAAAUCACUUAUUUACAAAAUUUUAUAACAAAAAAACUAAGAAAAAAAUUUUUUUUUCAAAAUUUUCAGUGGUUUUUAGUUUGUUUAAAUGAAAAAAUAA